UUCAACUUCAUCAAUAGUGAUUCGAACCACACCAUGAAGCAAACUUCUACUCGUUUCUUGGGCUUCGCCGCCCUCUUCGUUGGUCUUGGUGCCGCUGCUGCCACUAGUCUGGUCAGCAGAGCCACUGCUCCUGUGAGUCUGAGCCAAGCACUCAGCAUCAAUGUCGCCGAGGUUCCUCAGUGUGCCCAAAACUGUGCAAAGGACCUUCCCGAGGAAUGCGAGGGCAACCCUCAGUGCAUCUGCAGCCACCCAGAGUUCAUGAACGAAAUUGCCUGCUGUGUCGCCAAAUCAUGCUCGUCGGCCGACCUUCUCUUGACCCAACAAUUCUCCGGUCAACUGUGCGGUAUUGUUGGCGAGUCUCUGCCUGCUCAACCUACUUGUACCACUACUGUCAAGCCUCCUGCCAAUCCCAACUGGAGCUAUGUCGGCUGUUACAGCGAAGCUACCAACUACAACCGUGCUUUGAACAACACCUACUACAUCGACAGUAACGGCAUGACUCCUGCUGCAUGCCAGUCUUUCUGCAAGGCCCGCGGCUGGAAGUUUGCAGGUGUCGAAUUCGGCCAAGAGUGUUGGUGCGGAAGUGCCAUUCAGCUCAUCAACGGAGCCAAGAAGUUGCCCAACGAUUCCACAUGUAACAGAGCCUGCACUGGUGACAGCAGCAAGAAAUGUGGUGGUUCUGCUACUCUCAACAUCUACAAGUCUCCUGCCACCUAAGGAUGAGAUGUGUGAAUGGGGGCUCCGCACGGCUUUGGGGAUAGACUACCAUAGCUUUAUAGUGAUUCAUGGCGACGGUGAAACUGUA